GAAACCUUUGGAGGAUUAUCGGGGAUGCUACGUCAGAUACUCUCACCGUCGCCUUCACCCGAGACGGGAGAGGCCGGUAUGACGGCGAUCGGUUGUAAUUUUCUCCAGGCAAAUUCGAUCUUUUCGAAUCAAUCGUCGAUGAUGCCAUCGACGUUAUCCUCAGCGACAUUGCAAACGAUACCAUCUCAUCUCUCGAUGAUCUAUCCGGAUCAAGGUGGUCUUCUGAUGGAUCAGUCGCAGCUCGUCCUCCCGGAGUCCCAUCCCUGUCCUACCUGUGGCCUUGAGUUUCGUAGCGCUCUGAAGUUAAAUUAUCACGUAAAAACGAGUCACCCAAGGCCGCCGGAGUACGAGCAGCAAAACGUCGAAAUUACGGCGAGAUACUCGUGCUCCGUUUGCCCGAGGAGUUUCUUCGUUCUUGCGCACCUAAGAAUGCACGAGACGACGCACGAGAUCGCACCACAUUCCUCCUCGGUGUUAGGUGCAUCCUCGUCGAACGUGCCUACCUCUCGUGGUGCAAAUUCUGCUACCGGAUUGAUGUCCGGCAUGUCCGUCGUCGUACCAGCUGGUGCUGCUACUACAGGCAACGUAGAGAAAACUUUUGGCUGUGACCGUUGUCCAGCAAGUUUUCGAUACCGUACACUAUUGGAACGUCAUAGAAGGAUGCACGAACUCGGACAGGAGAAACCUUACUCUUGUCCAAGAUGUCUCAUGCGUUUCGAGACGCGUAAUCUUUACAAUCAUCAUGCUAAAACUCACAAGCCUAGCAUCGAUAUCAACGACAGACUCGCAGCAGACAGCAAUGCGGUCUCUCUAACAGAUCCUACCCUUACGGUUACCGGGACUAACCCUUCUGUUGUCGGUUGUCCUCCAUCUACAACAGUUGUCGCUGCUAAUGCCAACAAAUCGUUGACAACGGCCUCUUAUCCUUGCGACUCCUGUUCGAAACAAUUUGCCACCAUUGAAUCCCUCACCAGUCACAAGGCCGUACACAGAUCCAGACCAUUGGUUUGCGAUGUUUGCGGCAAGGGUUUCACUCAUCGCAAGUAUUACGUCGUUCAUCAACGCAUUCACACCGGCGAGAGGCCUUAUUUAUGCGCCAUGUGUGGUAAAUCAUUUACUCAAGCGUCCACCCUCACGGUUCAUCGUCGAUAUCAUACUGGAGAACGACCUUAUACUUGUACGCUUUGUGGGAAGGGAUUCGUUACGAGAACUAUCAUGCUCAAUCAUAUGAAGAAACAUUGAAAAGGAUAUUCUGUCUAAAGAGUUGUUUCUCGUGAUUGCUUAUGAUGCAGCUAACGCGUUGAGGAUUUUUUUGUUAUAUAUAUACAUAUAAUUUCUAUAAUGUAUAUGUAUAUAUUCCAUAUAUAUAUAUAUAUAUAUAUAUAUAUAUAUAUAUAUAUAUGUAUGUAUGUAUAUGUAUAUGUAUAUAUAUGGAAAGAUAAGGAAGUUCAAGGUAAGAAAAAUUGAUGAAGAGAUUAACUUUAAAAUUAUAUUUCAUUUGAACGUUUCUUUUAUAUUAAUUGCAUAUUCGAAGUACCUGGGAUUAUUGUUUUUUAUAUAACAAUCUUAACUUUAUAAGAGAAAGUUAUAUGGACUGUAACAGGUUGUAAUAGUUGUAAUGCAAAAUCGUAAAAGAAUGAGAUAAUUAUUUAAUAUUUAGAUUGUAGUGUGAAUAUGAUCUCUGUGAUAUCGAUUGAGAUGCCUCUAUCAUAUUAUUAUACAAUCGAAUGUGAAAUUUUUAUCGUUAAAAUUGAGAGGCAUAUAUUGAAAUAUAUGUUUAGAUAAAAAUCAACAAAAAAAAAGGAAUAACAAAACAGGAAUAUUAAUGAAGAAUACAGAGUAAUAUACGUUUAGGUAAUUAUCUCGCUCGAGUUUGUUAGUUACUCGCGAGAAUGGUAUUUCGUACCUGUGUAGGAUAUAUUGAAAUUUCAUUUGUAGUUUAACGUGCCUAAGACAUGUGCCUAAUUUUUCUUAUUAAUCUUAAAACAUCAUGUGCAUUAAAAGUAAGAAAUAUAUUGAAAGGAACACGCGUUUUAUGUACGCAACUUAUGAGAUUAGACGAAUGGGAGAUUUAUAGAGUUUUAAAUGCAAUUUAACUUCAAAGUGCAAUAUAUACAUAAAAAUAUAUAUAUAUAAAUAUAAAUAUAUAUAUAUACACACACACGAAUUUAAGACGUUUUUAGGUUUAAACCGCAUAGUAUCAUGAUAGUCGAACAAAAAAUAAACUAUCGACAAAUUUAGGUGCUUUUCAUGACUGCAAGCGGUACAAAUCUUAUCGCUAUAAUACACUAAGUGGUUACAAAACGUAAGUAUAAAAAUGUUUAUACAUUUGUACCUAAUUAAUUAAUAUUUAGCGACUGCAGGAAAAAAAUGAUAUAAUUACAUAUAUAUAUAUAUACACACACACACACAUAAUCUGUGGUGAAUUAUCGUUAAAAACAUUUUUCAUCACCAAUCGAUGUAUCUUUUAUGUCGGAUUAAAGUUAUCGUAAAUGUUAUAUCGUAAAUAUACACGAAUAUGUAUUAUUUAUUUAAUUUAAGUUCGUAACAUAAACAGUUAUGAAUCAUAAAUUUUAAUAAAAAUAAAAAAGAAAGUAUUCUACUGUUGCAAAGCGCGUCGGUAAAGUCACUUGCGAUUAUCGACCAACGGUAAUAACUCGUAUCUAGGAUAUCUACUAUAUCAAAGAAAUGAAAGUAAUUUUCAUUUUAUUUCUUCGAUCAUCGUGUGUUAUAUAUGGUUUUAUAUAUUAUUUAAUAAUAUUAACAAAUAUUUUUCAGUUUCGUGGUAAUAGAUGGCUAAACAGAUCUAAACUACUCUUUACGAUGAAUAAAUAAAUAUACAAGAUAA